AUGGAGAGGAAUGCUCUGGAAGAUGUACAGCAAAAGAAAAUCCUGAAGAAGACCAAGGAAAUGACACAACAGAGGAAAGAGCCUUGUCCUGCUGGUUCGGUAGAAUCUCUGAUGGCAGAAAUGCCAUUUGUCGACACAGAUAUUGAAGAUGAAUUUUUUAUGCAUGCAACCUCUGAAAUAAAUAUAAAAAAGAAAAGAAAGAGGACUACUGGAGGGGGAACUGAAGAAGGCACUGAGAAAAAGAAGAAAAAGAAAAAACAGCAUCAGCCAAAUUAUUUCAUUUCUCUUCCAAUUACUAAUCCAGAGAUUACUGGCAGUGUUCGGGCUGUCCAAGAUGCAAUAAUACAACAGGAUCAAAGGCUUUCCAAAGCAAUGGUUCACCCUGGCUCACUGCAUGUCACCAUGUUAGUGAUGCAUUUAUCCAAUGAAGAAGAAAUUAGCAUAGCAGUUGGUGCUCUUUUAGACAGCAAGGAUUUUGUAGAAGAUAUCCUGAAAGGAAGAACUGUGGAUUUGUCAUUUCAAGGAAUUGAUCACUUCAGAAAUCAAGUUGGAUUUGUGAAGUUGGCAGAAAAUGAUCGUACAAAUGUACUUAAAGAAAUAGCAGAGACCAUGAAGAAGAUAUUUCAAGAAAAAGGCAUCUUGGCAGGAGAAGAUAGAGCGUUUAACCCACAUCUGACCUUUAUGAAGUUGUCAAAAUCACCAGAGCUACGUAAGCAGGUGAAAAAAAUUGACUCAUGCCUGUAUGAAGAUUUUAAAAGCCAUUAUUUUGGAGAUGAAACCUUGCGGCGCCUAGAUCUUUGCUCUAUGUUGAAAAAAAAGCAACCGAAUGGUUACUACUACUGUGAGUCCUCUAUUGUUUUUGGUGAAAAACAUGCAGCAGAGCCAGAUGAUGCAGAGCUGGUGAGCCUCAGCAAGAGGCUGGUGGAGAACGCGGUGCUGAAGGCUGUGCAGCAAUAUUUAGAAGAAACACAAAACAAGACCACACAGACUGAUGGAAGCUCCAUGAAAACUGAAGAAGGAGCAAGUGGCAGUAAGAACGAGACUGACGAUGAUAACCACAAGUGA